UAUUAUUAUUCAUCAUUAAUUAUUCCAAAAUACUCAACUUAUCCAUUAUACUCAACCGUUUGUACUGGUACAAAAGAUUUCCAAUCAUUGACUAGUCGUACACAUAAAGUAUUCUUCCACUAUAACGUGGGGAAAGGUCAUGAUUUUUUUAACAACCCGAUCAUCCUACCAGUUGUGGUUGUACCAUGACGAAAUCUCACCACCACCACCACCUUCUCCACUUCCUCUUUAUCAUCACAAACUUCUUUGAUUUCUCCGGUGCUGAUGUCGGAACUGCAACCAGAUACAGUCCCCCAUAUCUACCUACAGCUUGUUACAGUACUGACGUGAGUCAGUUUCCAGCGAAUAAUCAAUUUGCAUCCGCUGGUGAAGGCAUUUGGGAUAACGGAGCUUCAUGUGGAAGACAAUAUCUUGUGAGAUGUAUAAGUGCUUCAGUGCAAGGAGUUUGUAUACUUGGUGUUACUAUUGCGGUUACUAUUGUUGACCGAGGAGUUAGUUCGGUUUCAUAUCCAGUUGUUGCAAAUACAACGAUGACUCUAUCCGCUGCUACGUUCGCCAUGAUUGCGGAUGCAUCUGCUUCUGAAAUUAACAUAGAAUUCCAACAGAUUUAAUCUGAAAAUGGUGCCAUGAAAAAGAGAAGAAGUGUUUGGGUUGCAUUGUAUGUAAAGUUGUAACAGAAAAACUUCAGAAUCAAAUCAAGAACAAUUCUUUCGCUUCAUUUCAACUCUUAAGUCCCUUUGAACUUGGUGUAAUAUGGAAGUACAAGAUCUCAAUAAAAUAAUAAUUCAAAA